AUGGCUCCGACUUUCCGACUGAUCAGUGGUGAGCUACUGGCCAUCGAUCAAGCACUCGCAGUCGCGGACGUGCGCGAGGAGCUGGCGGAGAGGCUCUCGGUGGAUGUUUGCCGCCUCCAGCUACUCUGUGAUGGAAAGGUUCUCGAAGACCAGGACGCUGACCUUCUGGCUAAGAGGUCCGAUGGUGAGGUGCAGGUCUACGUGCUGCCGGAUCCUCUGAAGGCUGCGCUGGCAGAGCAGACGGGCUUCUCGACCUUCGAGGAAGCCAGCGAGAAGUGCUCCGUCCUCCAGCUGCACGAUGCCUGGCCCCAUGAGACGCUACCUGAAGACUUCACGGCCUUUACGAAGCUGGAGCAGUUGGUCGUGAUGCGGUCUUCGCUGUCUCAGCUUCCCGAGAUCCUGGGUUCUUGGCUGGUUCUCUGCAAGACGAAGUUGACGCACUUGCCGUCUUCACUCGCCUGCCUGGUAUCUCUGAGGCAGCUCCACAUCGAAAGCAGCCUGCUCGAGCGAUUGCCCUCCGACGUCGGCUCGUUGGCAUCUCUGGUGGAGCUGCGGCUUCUCCACAACGCAUUGAAAACUCUUCCUGAGUCCCUUGGACAGCUCACGUCCUUGAACGUGCUGUUGGUCUGUCGAAAUCAGCUCACGGCUUUGCCAAGAAGCCUCCCCGAGCUUACUUCGCUGACACGGCUCAGUGCCACUCAGAAUCGGCUAACACAGCUGCCCGACAAUUUUGGCCGGCUGAUAAGAUUGACAGAGCUUUACCUUAGUAACAACAGCCUGGUGUCUCUGCCGGACGACUUCGGUCAGCUGAAGUCUUUGGACCACAACCAGCUCCGCCUUCUGCCGGAGAGCUUCGGCGAGCUGAACCACAUCUCCGUGCUCCCUAACAGCUGCAGCAACCUCUUCUUGACGGAGUUGUACAUUGAUGGAGAGAAGCUGCAGUAUUGGCCCAGCCAGCACUGGGCAGAUUUGCACUUCGACCUGGAGCUGUUGGGGGCAAUUUGA